UGAUAAUCUUUAGGAUAAAACAGAGAAUCCCAAGUUGGAGAAGAAGAAGAAGAAGUGAGCCAAGCCCAGACCCAGAAGUCUCUCUCUUCUCUUUCUAGAUCUUCUUCUCUUUCUCUCUCUAUAUCUAUAUAUCCAUAUAUAUAUAUGUAUGUUUAUGUACGUAUAGUCACAGCUUUCCAUCUUUAUCUUUAUCUCUAGAUAUGUGUAGGGUUUGCAGCGUCCGUCUCUUGUCUUUCACCCUUUUGGUUACAUUGCGUACCCUCUAAGCAAAAGGAGAGAGGAGAAGAAGCUGAUCAGGGAAGAAACAAAACAAAACAAAAACAAGAAAGAAAGAACUGAGAAAGUUGCAAGAGGAAUUGUCAAUUACUAUUAUUAUUACCAUUAUUAUAUAUAAAAGGGAAAGAGGGGGAAGAGAGGGGAAAUGGGGAGGGGAAGAGUGGAGCUGAAGAGGAUAGAGAACAAGAUAAACAGGCAGGUGACGUUCGCAAAGAGGAGGAAUGGGUUGCUCAAGAAGGCUUACGAGCUCUCUGUUCUGUGCGAUGCCGAGGUUGCUCUCAUCAUCUUCUCCAACCGUGGCAAGCUCUAUGAGUUCUCUAGCAUCAACAAUAUGCUCAAAACACUUGAAAGGUACCAAAAAUGCAGCUAUGGCACAUUGGAAGAUAACCGAUCAGCCAAAGAGAUGGAGCAAAAUAGCUACAGAGAGUACUUGAAACUGAAAGCUAAAUAUGAAGAACUGCAACAUUGUCAAAGGCACCUUCUUGGCGAAGACCUUGGCCCUCUAAACCUGAAGGAUCUUGAGCAUCUUGAGCAUCAACUAGAGACUUCAUUGAAGCAAAUUAGGUCAACAAAGCAGACCCAGUCUAUGCUUGAUCAGCUCUGUGAUCUUCAAAACAAGGAAAAGAUGUGGAUUGAGGCUAACAAAGCUCUAGAGAGAAAGCUGGAUGAGAUUUACAGAGAGAAUCAGCUGCAAUCAUCCUGGGGCGGCGGCGGCGGCGAGCAAGGGAACAGUUCCUUCAACCACCACCACCACCACCACCACCCUCAUUCUCAGGCCUUCUUCCACCCUUUUGAUUGCAAUCCCACUUUGCAAAUAGGGUACCCUGAAGUAUCAAACCAGAUGAGUACUGCUGCAACUCAUGAACAAAACAUGAAUGGAUUGGUUCCUGAGUGGAUGCUCUGAGUCUUGCAUUUCUUCAAUAAAUAAAUAUGUUUAUAAGGUAAGAUGGAAGCAUUUUGCUUCUCUCUCUCUACAUAUAUAUAUAUAAGUAUGUAUGCAGCCUCCUGUAAUAAUGAAGAGCAGCAGCUUACUUAUUAUAGUUGAAUCCCUUGCUGGACCAAGGCAUACAUGUAACAGAACUUAUAUGGCACCUUCAUUAGUGGAGUUGAGGGACCUCUUGGAUAAGCUUCUUAAUUUGAAACUUUAAUAUGUAAAUCAUGAUGAACAGUCCAGUCCAUGACAGAGUUAGAUCAUGGAUUGGCCCAAGUUGUAAUUGGGCCUUUUAUAUUUCAAACUGGGCCCUUACUUGAACUCUGUAAUAUUGAUGAA